CCCCCGACCCUUCGCGAAUUCAAGUACGACAAACCCACCUUGCUCGUAUGCUGGUGGGCAACAUCCUUCUGCACCCUCAUAAUCCUCCUACGACUCGCUGGUCGCUUCAUCAGAACCGAACGACUCUUCGCCGAAGACCGCAUCGCCGCCCUCGCUUUAAUUCCCUUGUACCUGCGCAUGGGCUGCGUCCACUUCAUCCUCCUCUAUGGCACCAACAAUGCCGAUUUCGACAACGUCGAACUUACCAGCAAAGAACUGCGUAGGAAAGAGAUCGCCAGUGGCCUCGUGCUGGCGAGCCGAAUUUUCUAUGCCGCAACCUUAUGGAUUCUCAAGGCAACUAUCCUCGAGUUCCUCCGCCGAUUGACCCGCGCCACCUGGGAGCGUUCGUGGCAAACCACACUCCGCGUCAUCCGGGUCAUCCUUAUUGCCACAUUCGUCGCUGUGGUCAUUAGCGAUCUCGCCGAAUGUCAACCCUUCAGCCACUACUGGCAGGUUUUGCCAGACCCUGGUGGUCAAUGUCGCCAGGGAUACGCGCAGCUUAUUACCAUGGCAGUUUGCAAUGUCUUCACUGAUUUGCUACUUGUCAUCUUCCCGGUCCCUAUUAUCGUUACCAGCCGGAUGACUGUGAGGAGGAAGGUUCAGCUUGUUCUACUAUUUUCCCUCAGUCUGUCGGUGGUCGGCGUGACUCUGUACCGGGUGCCGAACAUUAUCAGGGAAGACGGCCGACAGCAGUAUCGCUCUCUUCUUGCCUCGGUCGAGCUCCUAUUUGCGACGGCUUCCGCCAAUUCAUUGGUACUGGGCUCGUUUGUGCGAGAUCGAGGUCUGAAGAAGCAAAAGUUCCGUCGAUCUUCAAUAGCUGAGUCUUUUGACCCAUCUCUUCAUCCCCGACGACCGACGCUACACCGCCACUGGGGAAGUGACGAGGAUCUGGUGCGAGAUAUCGGAAUGACCGUCGAUCCCGAGCUACGCGAUCAACCCGAUACCCCAGAAGAUGGCACUCCCAUUCAGUUCAUGCCUGCCCCGAUCAUCAGGAGACUCGAUCAAGACCUCGAGCGCUGGCAGUUCCCGCAACGACAGCGCAGUAACGCAGAGCGGAGCGAUGACUCCCUCCUCCCACACGACCCCCUGAGUUUAACGCGGAGCGAGGCCACGCCAAGACGGGUUUCAUUCUUUGAUGUGGGCGGGCUUUUAGACCCUCCCCGUGAAAGCAGUGGAAGCUUCCGACCGGGAAGUUAUACCUCGUCUAAUGGUGAAGCAGGGCCAGGCCACUCCCCUCCAGCCCCUUCGGUGGCGGCCGGCGCUGGAGGCUUCCGCCGAGGCUCAACCGCUUUGCUUCAGGACAUCGGCGGUUUCCUCGGGCCUCUCAGCACGAGACAGGCCCGUCCCAAGACCCGCUCGGGAGGGACUGAACUGCAACCUAUACCACAGUCGCAGCCAGAUCUGAGACUGAACCCACACGGAAACCCCGAGCCGGAGCUUCGGGAUCCGGGUGGUCUUUUGUUGUCGCAAAGCACCCAAGCACCCAAAUGA